UAUAUCGAAACCCUAAACGAAAGGGCUCACUCAGAAACCCUAAUUAUAAAAAUCAAUUUCUUUUUAUUCUGCAUCCUCUUCCUCUAGCCAAGGCUGAAACUACAGAAGGAAGCAGAGACGUUACUGCGAUCUUAAACAAUGUCGAGGAGAAAGACGAGAGAGCCCAAGGAGGAGACAGUGACACUUGGACCAGCUGUUCGUGAUGGAGAGCAAGUCUUCGGUGUUGUCCACAUCUUCGCUUCCUUCAACGACACUUUCAUUCACGUUACUGAUCUGUCUGGACGUGAAACCCUUGUCCGCAUCACUGGUGGAAUGAAGGUGAAAGCUGACAGGGAUGAGUCCUCACCUUACGCAGCUAUGCUGGCUGCACAAGAUGUUGCUCAGCGAUGCAAGGAGCUUGGAAUCACCGCUAUGCACGUUAAGCUCCGUGCCACGGGUGGGAACAAGACCAAGACACCUGGUCCUGGUGCCCAAUCCGCUCUUAGAGCUCUUGCUCGUUCCGGCAUGAAAAUUGGCCGCAUUGAGGAUGUUACUCCGAUCCCAACGGACAGUACCCGCCGAAAGGGUGGUAGAAGAGGAAGGAGGCUCUGAGUUUUUUUUUUUUUUUUUGGCUAUUUAGCUCUUGUGUUUCAUUUUGUCAGAACAAUGUUUCUUCGAGUUUUAUUAAAAGGGAUUUGAAGUUUAA